UUUAAACAUCUCUUUCAUCUUCUUUAUCAUCUCUGUCGUCUCUAUCUUCAUUCCAAUCUCAAUGUCCUGUAUUUCGAGUGCUGCUUGCAUCUUUUGCAAAAUCAUUAAGGGAGAAAUUCCUUCCUUCAAGUUAAUUGAAACCAAAUAUGCCUAUUCUUUUCUCGACAUCGAGCCUUGUUCUAAGGGCCAUGCUUUAGUUAUCCCCAAAUAUCAUGGUGCUAAAUUACACAAUUUACCUGAUGAAUAUCUACAUGAUGUUCUCCCCAUCUUAAAGAAACUUGCGAUUGCCUUAGAAUAUAACAUUGACUCUCCUGAGGGCAAGUCCUACAACAUUUUACAAAACAAUGGUAGAUUGGGACAUCAAGUCGUUGACCAUGUUCAUUUCCAUUUAAUUCCAAAGAAUACUGAAAAAGAUGGUUUAAUAGUCGGUUGGCCUGCUGAAAAGGCUAAUUUUGAUGAUUUAUCUUUGUUACAUAAGGAAUUGUUGAAAAAAUUAGAAGAUUAGAAUAUCUAGAAGUGUGAAGUUUAUAACAAAAUAAAAUCAAAAAAUUAGAUAAUUAAAUUUGAUAACUAAAUUAUCAAUUUUUUCUUUGAAUAAACAAUCAAAUAUAUAAACAUAUAUAAAUAUAUAAAUAUAUAAAUAUAUAAAUAUAAUGAAUUAAUUUGAAU